AGUGUAGGAAAAAAAUCUCAGUAAGAUUUUUUUUUUUUUUGUCUGCACUAAAAGAGAUUAGAUCACAAGCACUGAGUUGUAGUAAAGUGCUGCAUUGCCAUCAUGUUUUUAAAGCGAAACUUGAAUUCAAGUACUAGACAUAGUCUAAUGUUUGGAUUAGACAGUCUUUUCUCAGGCUACACCCACCAUCUGAAUUGCACCAGUAUUUAAACUUUGAGUAGUUACAUAUAAUUUGCAUCAGCUCAGUUUCCAAAAUGCUACAUUUACAUUUCUGCAAGAGGUGUACAUGCACCCCCUGGGAGCUGGAAAGAGUUCUCUUAAGACAGCCAUAUGCAGCUCCAUGAAACUUCAUGCCUUCUGUGUGAACCAGCUGGGAAAAAUAAGUAAAUGUGACUGCAUGUAAAGGAGAAAACAGGGAAGGGAAACAAAAAGUGAAAGGAGCAGGAGCCAGUGUCAAGAAAUGUUAGAGGAAAGAGAAGUAAAACAACAGAAGAAGACAGACAAUAGUGGCAGGCUAUGAAGAUCUAGCAACUGCAGUGUGCUCCUCUACUGAGCCUUCCUUUGCUGUCAGCUGAAUCCCCAACCAAAAUGUGCCUCCUCAUCUGCAGCAACUGGUGUUAUAUAUUUUCAAAUUAUGCUGAGAGGCAGUAUAUCUAAAUUGAUUCUUUAAGAAAAUAAUAUUGAAAUUAAAAAUACAUAUUAUCUCAAGCAACUGUUCUUCAGAUUUAAAAUCAAGUUGCAUUAGAAGUAUACUCAGGCUGUGAAGUGGCCAGAAGUGUAGAAUCCAUUUAUUCCCCUUUCUUUUUGAAUCAGAUACAGUCUCUUUGUAUGAUUCCAAAAUUCCCUUUGCAGAGAUCCCUUGUUUCACUCACUGCACAGGAUGGGCUGCAUUCCUGUGAAGAAUGAGAACAGCAUAACAAAGGAGAAACCUGUUCCAGUUUCCAAGACAUCUCUCUUGCUAGAGAAGGAAUGAUAUUACAGACCAGACACAUUUCAGUACCUACUAAACUCUCACCCCAGCUCUGCUAGGUGCUGCACAGGCAGUAGGUUGUGCUGUCUAGCUGGUACCCAAUCUGUGAUAUCAGGGGUUGUAUUUUGGAAGUAUGGAUCACAAAGGCAAUUAAGACAGUGGGAGCUAUGCUGCAAUCAUAUAAAGUACUGUAAAGUGAAUCCUAAUUUUUUUACAUCUCAGCUGAGUCUCUCAAAACUAUCCAGCUGUCUUGAUUUCAAACUCUGUAGGUCAGAGCUCUAUAUGUAACACAGGCACAAUAUCCCUUACUUUUCUCAUUAUCAGGAAGAUAAACUAAUGCAAAAAGUCUAAAGUUGUCAAAGAAAGUUAAUUUAGUUUGAUCCCAGCAAGUCUUCAAGGAUCAUGGAAGGCAGAGCAGCAUGGGGAAACUGAUAAAAAAUUAGUCACUUCAAUGCAAGACUUGUAUUGUUCACUAAAUAAGCAGGGCUGAGAGCAUGCUGAACAUAGACACCCCCGUGCUGGCUGAGGCAUUGACUUUGUGAAAGGGCCAGCAAAAGGAAAAAGAGGGGAGAUGUGACUAUGUGGUUAAGAGCCCUGUGAGCACAGGGCAGCAGGUUACAUACCAGUACUUACUAUGAUUCUGGCAUUUUCUAUUUUGUAGUGCUUGAGUGUCUGAGCUAGACAGGUCGAGAUUUUAAUUAAUGAGGAGAAUGAAAGAUACAGCAGAUUCUGGCAUGUGUCUGUGCACGAAAGAGAAAUAGUAAAGGAAUUUGACACAGAUCCCAUUUACUCAAGGUGUGCAACACAACCUCCCACCAUGCCAUCUGCACCAGCAUCUGCUCUGCGGUCACUCAUACUACAUUUUCUUUGUGAAGAUCUUCCCUAUACCUUUGCCCGGCAAAGCAGCAACCCACUAAUUUUCUCCUCCAACCUCUGAUCAGACUCUAUAUUUAUUUCUUCCUCCUGAGACUGCUCAGUUGAUUAUCUGCCUCCUUCCUAUCAAGUAGCUUGCAAGUGCAGUGCAUGCCUAUAUCAUUCUAGAUAAGCAUCCCAGCCACCCAAAUGGGUUUGAAAGGAAGCCAAGUGACUUAGCCUAUCCCUGUCUCAAGCUCCCACUUUCAAUAAUGUCUGUGUUACACAAUAUCACAACAACAUUCCAGCACAAAUCCUGCUUCCCACGGCCCUUGGUGCCAGGGCUACCUGCAGUCUGAAAUACCUUCUUUAUUUAUUUUUUUUUAAUAAAUAGUACACUUUAUUUUUUUUUUUUUUGGCUUGGCUCUGAGUAUGCAGAGCUGAGCCAGCACCUCUGUCUGCUACAUGACAGGUGACAGCUGUUUCCUGUUUCUGAAAGCAGUGUUACCAGCCACACCGUCCCUCUCCUUAAUUUAGAAAGCUCUUCUGUUGUCAUCUGGUUCUACACUUCCACAUGCAGGCUGAGGUCUGUAACAGGAAUAACAGCACUGAGGUUACACAACACUUUCCCUGUUCAAACCACUGGGCAAGGAAACCCUCAGGAAUUGUUUAUUGUAAACAUUUCCCACAGACUAAGCAGCAAGCAGUCUUGCUCCCCUGCAUUUUCUGGUGUAACAUGCCAACAAAGAAUCAUGCUCAAGAACCACUAUAUGGAACAAGGUAUAGCUCUGUGGACAUUCUAUGUUUGCAGUUGAAGGUUCAUGCCAAAUAUACUUCUCAGCUCUGAGUAUCUGCCAAGUGGAUUCUUAUUAAUGGGAGAAAAAAAAAAAGAGCAAUAGUAGAUUUUAUUAUCAGCAUAAGAGAUUAAACCAAUCUCUGCUAUAAAUUGCAAGCAAGACCAGGGCUAAUCUCAGGGAUUUUUUUACAGUCACCUCUUCUUGCAGUUUCUAAAGAGCAGUCUCAAACCUUUGAAGUUUUUUAAAUUCCUGCUUACAACUGUUAAAAUAUGAGGGGUUUUUUUCUGGUAUCCACCAGUUCUCAGAGGCACUACCUUCUGUAGUGACAUUUACAGAUGCCAGUCCCACAGUCUGUACUAUGCAGACAAACACCCACACCUUGACUCCUCAAUGGACCCACAUGCCUGGCAAGUUAGCGAGCCAGAAAUGCAGCAACAAAUAGCAGUAACAAAAGCACAAUACAUGCUGCAACAAGUACAAUGGAGCUGUAAGUCACGUCACUACAAAACACCAGCCUCCACUGUGCAGAUAUUAAAAAAAAAAAAUUCUCAAAGAGGCACAGAUUUGAGAUGAAAUGUGAUUAUUGCAAUUCUGAUAGAAUUCACUAUUUUAACCGUGUACUCUACAAUGUCUGGCAACCUUAUUCCAACAUUGUUUUUAAACAGAGAUAUCUAAUCCAUAAAAUAGUACCCAUAACUUUAUCUUCUAGAAACUUACAGUGAAAAAUUGCUCUUUCUUUCCUUUUGAAGACAUAAACCACCUAAAAGGAUUAAUGAGUAAAAAUGUGGGAACUAGUAAGCAUUCCAGUUUUUCCUUCAAGAUAUUAAAAUGUCCUGUUCAGGUUGAUUCUGAAAGCUUCUAAACAAAUUAUGUAAGUUACCUAUCCUAAGUAUUUGGUUCACAACAACAACAAAAGGAUUAAUGAUUAUGUUACUUUUAGCCUUUUAAAGUUAUGCUAUUGAAAACACUAAUCAAAGAUUGCAGUCACAUUUUCAGUCCUUGCCUGUUGUAGGUGGAUUUCAUGGAGCAAUAAGAUUUAUAGCUUCAUCAUGACACAACAUCUAUAAGGCUGAACUCAUUCAGUUGCUAAUGAAAUGUGAUCUGGGGACUCUUGUACCAGCUGGGUGAUGAUUAGGGCUUAUCACAGAUAGGUCUAGGAAAAGGCUGGGAAAUACUUAAGCUUGUUUUGCAGUUGCUUUGAGCUCUUAGGAAAAGAGUCAUUUCUCUACAACAUCAGCCUGAAGUUCUCUGCCCAUAAAAGAGAGGUAAUGUUAAGGUUUUUAACUGAUUUGCAAGUGACAGGGUUAUAUGAAGUCUGGCAAAAUCCUAUCAAAUCUUUCUGGUUUAGCGUCUUUUAAACUGUGAGAUGGGUACUUUGUCUUCUCAGACAGCUCAAAAAAAUGUUAAGCAACUGGCUUCAGAGAAACCUUGCAAAACUUGCUCUAUAUGAUGCCUCUUGACUUGAAAUUCUGCUUUUAAUAGCUGCCUGCUGGCACAACAAGCAACUCUGCGUAGGUUUCCCACAGCUAAAAGGAGAUACUAAAUGUAGUUUCUGAUUAUGGGAAUGGCUCCAUAUAAACUACAAGCAGCAGGGCCACUCAAACAUCUAAAUUAUUGAAUAAUAUUUAAAAUAAAUGUGUUAAGAAGAUAGCUCCUACCCUCAAAAAAAAAUUUAAAAGCAGAGGCAGUUCAAAGUUAAACUCUGACUUCAAGAAUAUCUUGUCCAUACAUGCUAUCAGCUGGGGCAAAAAAAGGGAGUGAAAAAUCUAUGUGAGGAGUAGAAUACCUGUCUCUUUAACACAGACUGUAGCUCAGCUGUAGGGCAGAAUUCUGUUUAAAGCCCCUCUUUCUUCAGAGGGCUACACACUUCCUACUCCUUUCCUUGGUAAGGGCAGUCUCCAGCUCCUCUCAAAAAAGAACUGCUGCCUGUCAACUGAAAACUACACAAUAGCUUUUAAAAAUCAGUAGUUUUCAUCAACUGUGAGAUUUCAAAUUGGGUGAUUAAAUGAUUGAGAGGUUUUUCAGAGUGGAUUGGAGAAAUAAAACGUCAAAUAUAACAGAGCACAGUAGAAAAAGCUUCCCCUUGUUUUUGUUUUAAGUAAUUUUAUUAUAAAAUACAUCCAAAUUUGAUGCUUUUGUAGCCUAAAGGAAGAUUUCUUGAGGGAGUUAUUUUUUCCAUGAAUGUCUCUUAUUCAGGUCAAAUUCGGUCAUUUUUGUAAAAGAAAGCCAGUUCCUUUUCUAUUGAACAAAAGCCUUGCAUAUUUAAAAUGGACAAGUGGGUUCUAUGGAUUUGUUUUUGAAAAAAGAUGCUCACUUGUAUCCCAGAAUAUGCUCAUGAUAUUUAAAAUAUGUGUUUAGGUAUGGCGGGGGGAAGGUUAGGCUCUGUUGUAAGAGUGUGGUGGGGUUUUCUGGAGUUUGUGGCAUUCCUGUGUGUUUGAUUGUUUGGGGUUUUUUUUUUCUAUGACUAUUUUACAUGGUUUUAAGACUGCACCUGACAAGCAUUCAACAUCAAGGUGCUCAGAAACACUUCAGAGUAGUGCUUGCUUUAGAGAUGCAAGUACACAGCGCAGUCUGAGCUAAGGAGUUGUGCAGAGAAUUGAUAGGUCAGCAAACCUGCUUACGGUUCAGGUCCUACUUCUUCCCUAAUGAUGUUACCUGCUAAUCACGUAUCACUCCUUUUGAAAUAAUUUCAAUCUGUAUUUGACUUAGGGUAAGAAAAAAGAGUCAUGAGAGCUGUACCUAAUACAAGUCCUUUAAGUGCCAGCAUUCUGCUGACAUAUUAGCCAAGAACAAGAUGAAGAAACAGUUUUGUUCUUUUGUUUAAUAUUGCCACAAUCCAACUGGAGGUCAUAUGACACAAACCCACUUAGAGGGCACCACAUCCCUUUCUGAGAUGUAGCCCAGACCAAUGCAUGUGAGCAGUAACACUCCCAGUACAGAUGCUGGGGCUGCCUUUGGUGCUCCUCAGCAGGGCUGGGCUGCAGUACAGAAUUCCUUGGUGGCUGCUUUCCUUUGGGCCUGUGCUGGAGGCUAUAGUGCUUCCAUUCUCUGGACUCUGCCCAGUGUGGAAGGACAAGGUUCAGUGCUUUCCAGAGCGCUUCCCUGAGGAAACUCAAAGCCAUGCUACUCUUCUCUGGAACUGGCUGAGAACAUUGUCUGUUGUUUCCUUACUGCUAACUAUAAAGCAAGCACAGAAAAAAAAGUCCCAAAUAAGGCCAGAAAGAGAAGCAUAAGUUAGCAUUUAUUUAAAAUUUGUUAAACCCCUUUUGAAGAUGAGGGCAAAGGAGAAGUGAAAGAAUAACAUAAAAAUAAUAAUAAUAACAACAACAAAAAUAACAACUUUUUAAAUUCAUGAAGGCUUUUGCCAAAAUGCACAGAAACGCUGCUCUUAGUCUGAGAAAGAUUGUCAAGGAACAGGCUGACUUUGCCAAAGCUUCACUCCUUACUGUUAACUGUAACUCUCUUGGAACAGAAUAAUUUAGGUUAGGAGGAGGAUCUGGAGGCCAUCUGGUCCCUUUCUCGUGGCAAAAUUACUCUCAAAGCCAAGUCAGUUGCUCCAGCUGUUGUCCUGUUGAAGUACAGAGAUUCAACCUCUUUCCUGUAUAGCCCAUUCCAGAGCUCCCUCACUUUUCCUGCAGAAAACUUAGGUCAUCACCUUCAGAGUUUCCAGACUCAGACCAGCAGGUUUCCAUUGUCUUUGUUUUCCAUAAGGUGCACCCUGUGAAGUGCAAAUUUAAUUAUGGCCUAAUUACUAGGCUAGUGCAAGUGGCUCUCUUUAUUUAACUAGGAUUUCUAAUAAAGGUUCCCUGGAAGCUCUGAUAGCAAUAUGCAGUUACCUGGGCUGGAGCUUUACCAGCCACUGCAGUGGGUUCCAGGGCUGGAUGUAGUGUGCCAUAAUGUGCCAUCCUGUACCCUCCCAGCUCCUGACCCAGUGGCUACACCAGCACUCUGGCUGUGCAUUGCAUGGCUCACUGCAAAACCAUCUGGAUAGAGGCAGUGGUGUGAAAUACUACUGUAGGAUUUUAACAUGCCUCAAAGAAGGGAAUUAGCAUGUAGCUUUGUUGAAACACAUUCUAAUUUUUUUCUUCUCCCUCUUUGUAAAUAAGAAACUGUUAGGACAGUUGGACUGAUUAAAAAUAGUUACAUUCUCAUUAAUAAGAUUAGGAUUAUGGCCAGAAGUCCUACUGUAGGUGAGAAGAGCACUAAGGGGUAAAAUGUGCUACCACAAAUACCCUGUGCUGAGGGCCAGAUAAUUUGGAGCAUCCUGUGCCCCGGCUUUGCAAAAUAUUUGUCUGAUCAGAGCAGCCAGCAGAAAUACCACAAAGUCUGUGUGAACAAGUGUUCAAAUGCCUCUUGUGGCUUUGCCACUGUGGCAGACACAGUUUCAACUAAGAUUUCUUGUCCUGAGCUUUAUUUUUGAAGGCUUUACUUUACUUCUGCUCUUACCUGGCUGGCUGUGGAUGCAAACAGGCAGACCUAGACAUGCAAAUUAAAUGUGCUGUCUUCUGGGAGGAUGAUGAACUUUCUGUAACAUGCUUUCCUAGGUAUCUUAUUUUCACACAUUUUUUACACAAAGAGGAUUUUUACACAAGAGGCUAUCAAUAUUUCAGGGAUAACCAUUGUACUUCAAGAUUUGAUAAUUUCUAAUACCUAUUAAUACCUUUGCCAUCCCAAAUGCAGGUUAAGGAUUUUACAGUCCUCUAUUCAGUGAAGACUCUUGCAGAAGUGCAGCACAGCAAAUAACGUUUUACACCUGCCUGUCACAGCUAAGAAGGGUUUGUUGCAGCUCACCUCCCUUCUUUUUGUUAUAUAGCACUUCUCCACUGACAGAGGUUCAGCUCCUGAUGGAGGAGCAAAACGUGCCCAGUGAGGUGCCAGCAGCCCUAAAGCGUCUGGCCAAAUACAUAGUGCGUGGUUUCUAUGGUGUGGAGUGCUCCCUGGCCCUGGACAUGCUGAUCCGCUACCCCUGUGUGAAAGAGGAGGACUUGUUACAGCUGCUCAAGUACGAGCGCAAGCAACUGCGCACCGCCCUCAACACGCUCAAGGCGGACAAGCUGGUGAAGCUGCGGAUGCGAGUUGAAACGGGGCCUAAUGGGAAGAGCACGAGGCACAAUUACUACUACAUCAAUUAUAAGGUGCUGGUGGAUGUAGUAAAAUACAAACUGGAUCAUGUGCGCAGGAAAAUAGAAGCAGAUGAGCGGGAUUCAACAACCAGAUCCUCUUUUAAAUGUCCAUCUUGCUCUAACACAUACACAGACCUUGAAGUCAAUCAGCUCUUUGAUGCAUUUACAGGUACUUUUCGCUGCACUUACUGCAACACUGAAGUAGAGGAAGAUGGCUCAGCGUUUCCAAAGCACGAUGCUCGAACGUUGCUGGCCAAGUUCAACGAGCAGAUGGAGCCUGUCUUCAUGCUGUUGCGUGAGACCGAAGAUAUUGUGCUGCCCUAUGACUUGCUGGAGCCUCAGCCAACAGAAAUACCAGAAUUAUCAGAAAGGUAUGAACAUCACACUAGAACUUCGGGCUCAAGUGUGCUGGAAUCCUGCAGCCGCCCUGAAAAAUGGGCACACAGAAGUUCUGCUUUUGGCCUCACAUACACCCAAAACUUAACUAUUGAUGUCCAAGACUCAAAGCACAAGAGGAAAAGAGAAAAGGCAACUGAAAAGCAACCUAUCUGGUUGUCACAAAGCACUGUAGAAGGAGCAGCAACAGCCAUCAACAAUAGUGUUGGUAAGUUUAGAGUAAAUGCUUAUGAAGAAACUGAAGAAAAUGUUAAAGAAACUGUCACGGAUAAUGAAAUCAUCAAGACUCUUCUGAUGCAUGAAUCCAAGUCAUUAUCUAGCACAGACCAGGCUCCUAUUGUCAAAAGCAAACUACAUGGAUCACAGAGUGAUAGCAGUGAGUUUGAAGAGGAUGCCAAGCACUCAAGGGGAGCAGGAACCAAAGUAAUAGACAGCAACUUUGAACAAGAGGAGGAACAGGAAACUCAGGGUCCUAUUUUAAUGGUAGCUGGUCAGCCCUGUUCAUAUGGGCAAGUUAGUGAAAACCCAGAGCUUGUGUCUCUCAUGACAAAUGAAGAGAGAAAUGCUUAUAUAAAAGUAGGACAAGAAAUGUUCCAGUCUGUCUUUGAGUAACUACAACUGUAGGAAUAUCCAACCUUGUACAGAAUGGAUGAAGGCUUCUGACUUAUGUUCUUCAAAGUUUACCACUGAAGGGUUUUGUUUGAACUUGCUCUUAAGCAAGAUGGUAAUCCUGUAGUAGGUAACUACAGUUCAAAUAUUAUAAUUGCAGUCACAGCAAGUGUUGUUUGUUGUUGUAAUGCUUAUACUUUGUGGAUGAUGUAAUUAGUUUUGGAGCAUGAAUUAUUUCAGGAUACAUUUGGAUCUGAUUAAAAUCAUAUUUGAAAAGCA